AUGGAGCACAUCGUCCCAAGUUUUAUGCGGGUAAUCCGCAACAUUGACGACCCAUCCACCCUGCAAGCCACCCUGCAAGCUACCCUCGAGCACGAGGCCAAAGCAAAACCCACCCAGAAUCUGAACCUGAACAACACACAGCGGCGUCAAAUCUUCGACUUUCCAGAUGCUGAGACAGAAAAGAGGAAUAUCGCCGCCUCAUCAUCCAGCACCAAGAAGGAUCUCCUGGCACGUGCAGUGAACUCGCCAGACCAGCUCAGCCAGUCUGAGAUCCAGCUGCUCACGAACCGAUACUGGGUAGAUGUUAAAUUGGAUGAGUCGAUAGCGAGACUUAGUUCAUGCGUGCUUUUGAAUGAGGAUGCAUCGAAUGCAAAAGUUCAGCUAGAAGCCGUUCAUGAUACCACGGAGUGCGAGGAAGAAUACGAAAGAAAUAUGAGUAGCGUGCUGUUUGCAAUAAGGUCCCGGAUUAGUCUCCCGGAUGCGUUGGGUUCUGGCUGGGCGUUGGAGAGGUUGGACUGGCCGGCGGACGAUGUUGAUUUCGAAAAGGGCUUUCAGGAACGAUUGGCUGCCCUUCGCAAGAAUUUCCGGCAGACCCGCGCUUUACCACCGAACAUGAAGCACCCACAGAGUCUAUUUGGCGAGAAUACAGACGGCCUGCUUGAGGGGAUUCAACAGGAUGUCUUCCUGUACAUCGACAAAGACUGCGUCGAUUCUACCUUGGAUCAUCCGUACAUGAUGAAUGAUAUGUGGGUUUAUGCUGUGGACCCUGACUACACCCCCAACCCUAAUGAGAAGGAUGGAUAUAAAGGAUACCUCCGUGUGGGAUUGCCACAGAUUAUGCACAGAUUCUUCGAAGCCCGGCAUUUCCACGCUGAUGAGUAUCCAAUGGAAUACUUAUGGCGUGCGUCGCUCAAGGCGCCUAGGACACAGGCUUUUGUGUCAAUUCAUGAUGAUGAACUUGGUGAUUGGGAGGAUGACUCGAGUAGAGAGGGUCGCUUAUUUGUGUAUACCUCACAAGGUAGCAAGACCGAUGGCCUUUUCGAGGGCAUCCAGAGGAAUGUCUUCUUGUACAUCGAUGAAGACUGUAUGAAUUCUGUCCUGGAUGGUGAACCCUGGGUGGAUGAUAAGUGGGUUUGGGCUGUUGAUCCGGAUUACGUUCCCAAUUCCCAUGACAAGGAUGGGUAUAAAGGCUAUCUACGCGUCCGGCUGCAGCAGAUUGUUCACAGGUUCUUUGAGGCUCGGCGGUUUUGUGCUGAUGAGUAUAGUAUGAAAUAUUUGUGGCGUGCGUCGAAGAAGGAGUUUAGAAACCAGGCGUCUGUCUCGGUUUAUGAUGAUGAGAUUGGUGCUUGGAAAGGUGAUGGAGUUUUGUGGCAGCGCGGUCCGUAAGGAGCUAUGAUAUUAGACUUGCUUAGUUGGAGUGGCUUAGAUGUCGUUGGAUUGGUAGGGAGUUGAUGUUGAGAGGGGGAUAGCGAAAG